AAUUCUUUUUAAAGCUGUUUGUGCGAAAUGGAUUUCAGCGAAGAAAAUGUUUGUUUAAUUGACUCUGAAGAACCUGAGGCCAAGCUUAAAAUACGAAAGCCUUCCAAAACUCGCUAUCUUUCGUUCAUAUCAAUUUUACUGGUAUUACUGCUGCUUACUCUGACCGCGGCCUUCAUUGUACUGUAUAUGAAGAAAGGGGUGGAUUCUUCAUGCAAGUCCGGUAGUGGGAUAUGUACAUCUCCUGGCUGUUUCGCUAGCGCUGCAGGCAUCGUAGAAAAGCUUGAUCAAUCCACCAAGCCAUGUGAUGAUUUUUAUCAGUACAGCUGUGGAGGAUUCCUAAAAAGAACUCGUUUAAGAAAAAAUGAAUUUCUAAAAGAUUCGUUUAUCGAAGGGAAAGAAUUCGUCGAGCAAGCUCUUAAGAGAAUUUUCGAGGAUGAGGGAUUGAUGUCCAAUUACUCUAAGGAUCAAAAUUCAGCUGUCUAUAAAGCCUUCGUAUUUUACAAAUCGUGUAUGGAUGAAAAUUACAUUAGUAAUGCUGGAAUGAAGCCAAUUCUUGAUAUGAUAGAAAAGUAUGGCUCGUGGAACAUCACGAACGAAGAUUGGAGUGAGGAUUCAUGGUACCUUGAAAGAACUUUGGCUAGAAUGAAAGUCGAUCUUUCAACAGUCACAUUUGUAGAUGCUGCUGUAAUACCAAAUAUUUUUGACAUCACUAAACCGAAUACUAUUUUUGUUGCAAAAGCAGGUCAGAAUUUAGGUACUCAGGGCAAAGGAUAUUCUUAUUACAAAUUUCCUCAAUCCUUGCGGACUGUUCGGGAUGUCAAUGAUCAGACGUGGCGUCCCCUUACCUCUAGAUAUAAGACGUUUAUGUUGACGGUAUUCAAAUUGCUUGGAGCUAGCGACAACAUUCAAUUAUACAAAGACGUGGAAAGAAUUAAUCAGUUGGAGCAAGACUUUAAUUAUAUGUAUGAAGAAGAUGUACCUUCUUUUAUGAAUACAAAUGAACUGAAAAAGCACUUAAAAAUUAUGACGUUGCAAGAAUUGAAUAAUCACACAUCGUUUAAGUUUAACUGGACUAUGUAUUUCGAAGAGAUUUUUCGUGGUUCCGGCAGAUCAUUUCACCCCAGCGAUAGAUUAAUGGUGCUAGUCCCGAAUAACCUAAAAAAUGUGGUUGACUUUAUCACGGGAAAGCCUAAAAGUUUACUUGCCAGUACUAUGAUGUGGAAUGCUAUCCAACGUCUACUACCAACACUGCCUCUCAAGAUGAGAAAGGCAGAAAAUAAUUAUAAAGAAUAUCUUUCACCAACAAAUUAUAAUUCUCAUGCCAGAUGGAAAACCUGUCUUAGUUUAACCCAUCAGCAGUUCACAUAUGUCGCAUCAUUACUUUAUAUGAAUGAAAACGUGCCCGAGGAAUCUAUAAAUAUGGCGAAGGAGUUAUUUACUGAAAUGAAGAAAGAAUUUUUGAAUGGCUUGAACGAACAAGAAUGGUUGGACGACAAAACACGAGCGAGCGCACGCCGCAAGCUUAUCAAGAUAAAAGAAAAUUUUGGCUAUCUACAAUUCAUAAAAGAUCCCGCGAAGCUGAACAAGUUCUAUGAAGAAGUUAAAGUUAAUAUAUCUCAACUUUUGCAAAACCAGUUAAGCUCGGUGAGGAAUACUUUUAUGAAGCAGAUUCAGCUGUUUGGUAAACUGUAUGGCGACAACACGGUCAACACCUAUACACUAUUUCAUCAGAUUAUUUCACCUCUUGCUGCCAAUGCUUUCUACUUUGGUGUAACAAAUGAAAUUUAUAUUUUGGCAGGAGUAUUACGGCCACCUUUUUAUCAUAAGGACUCACUAAGGUAAAUAUAAUUUCAUGUACUCAACCUCAUUUUUUAUCCUAUACCAUGGGGGUUGAGUU